AAUUUAAUUCUUCAAAAUAUACCUUUUUGUUAAAUAACCCAGAUUUCAUGUGCCAUCUCUAAACAUAAUUCAUUAUGUAUAAUUCUUUUCCCUUCCCUUCUCUUGCUAUAGGUUGGUUUCUUCUAUUUUUAUAUGCACUGGGAAAAUUCUGAGAGAGAAACAGUGAGUGCAUGGAUAACUUGUGGGUUCUCUGUAGAGAAUCUCUCUCACUCAUGGGUAUGUGGUGGUUUUGUUGCUUGGUGGUUGUGGGGUUGGUGUGUGGUGGAAAUGGGUACGCAGAGGAGGAUCUGGUAGUGAGGUUGCCUGGUCAACCGAAGGUUGAGUUCAGACAAUAUGCUGGUUAUGUUGAUGUGGAUGUGAAGGCUGGGAGGAGUUUGUUUUACUACUUUGUUGAAGCUGAGGAGGACCCUCAUCAGAAGCCCCUCACUCUCUGGCUUAAUGGAGGCCCAGGUUGUUCAUCAAUUGGUGGAGGUGCCUUCACAGAGUUGGGUCCAUUCUUCCCUAGAGGUGAUGGCCGAGGCCUACAAAGAAAUUCAAAAUCAUGGAAUAAAGCAUCAAAUCUCCUCUUUGUCGAGUCUCCAGCUGGAGUAGGAUGGUCGUACUCAAAUACAUCUUCAGAUUAUACUUGUGGUGAUGCAUCCACUGCCAGGGAUAUGCAUACAUUCAUGCUGAAUUGGUAUGAGAAGUUUCCAGAAUUUAAAUCUAGAGACUUGUUUCUCACAGGAGAAAGCUAUGCAGGGCAUUACAUUCCACAGUUAUCUGUUGUUCUUUUGGACCACAAUGCACAUUCGACUGGUGUCAAGUUCAACAUCAAAGGAGUUGCUAUUGGGAAUCCGCUACUCAAACUUGAUCGUGAUGUUCCAGCAACAUACGAGUUUUUUUGGUCACAUGGACUGAUUUCUGAUGAAAUCGGCCUUGCAAUAAUGAAUGAGUGCAAUUUUGACGAUUAUACUUUUGGCAGUCCACACAACGUAUCCCAUGCAUGUAACCAUGCCAUGUUUGAAGCAAAUCACAUAGUUGGUGGUUAUAUAAACAAUUAUGAUGUGAUGCUUGAUGUAUGCUAUCCAUCCAUAGUACAACAAGAGCUGCGAUUGCGAAAAAUGGCUACUAAGAUUAGUUUUGGAGUGGAUGUGUGCAUGACCUAUGAAACGUGUUUCUAUUUUAAUCUACCUGAGGUUCAGAAAGCUCUUCAUGCAAAUAGGACCAAUUUACCAUUUAGCUGGUCAAUGUGCAGUGAUGGGGAUCAAGAUUCUAUUGUACCAUUACUCGGUUCGAGGACUCUUGUCCGUGAACUGGCUCAUGAUCUGGGGUUCAAGAUGACAGUACCUUAUGGAGCUUGGUUUCACAAAGGACAGGUGGGAGGUUGGGCAACAGAGUAUGGAAAUCUAUUAACUUUUGCUACUGUAAGGGGUGCUGCUCAUAUGGUGCCCUAUGCACAGCCAUCAAGAGCUUUGCAUCUGUUCAGUUCAUUCGUGCGUGGACGGAGAUUGCCAAGUACGACUCGUCCUUCCAUUGAUGGUUAGCAAAAUUCAAUGAUUGCAUUGGAUGGUUGUUGGUGGUUUCAAGUCGAUUCAAUUUCCUUGCACCAAAGGUGAUAGUUGAUUGAAUUUCAGAUGUUUCAGCUAUAUAAGAAAGAUUGUCAAAACAAAAGAGAGAAUGAAAAAAAAACCACUAGUAUUUACUUGUGUGGAAAAGGGGAGAAUCCAACUCAGGACCUCUACUUCCAUUGGUGGCACUGCUUAUUUUGCUCAUUAAGUUGCAGAAUUCAACAUAACUGAGAGAAUCACUGCUGAAUUACCUACAAUUACAAUAUAUAGGAAAUAAGAAAUCAAAACAGUUC